GUAUGAUCGAAGAUUAAUCGCCGUUUGGGAUUAUAGUUGCCACGGAUUUUAAACUAUUGUACGCUUAAGCUAAGCUCCCUUUAAAUUUGUCGGUGCAAACGGCCAGAAACCAAACACGAUAGAUGGAGUUUACUUUUAGAACCGAGGAAGGUCCAAUAACCACAUCCAUAUCGCGAUCUUUGUCAAAUCACAUCACACUUGGUUUUUUCUCUCACUCGCUCACUUUAAAUAUUUAUUUACUGCUAUUUCUUCCUAAAUAAAUUAAAAAUAUGUGUAUAAUAAUAGUACAAAGCUCAAAAUGAACGAAGCAAUACAAUUAUUGUUAAAAUUUCCUUCCUUGCUACCAAGAAAUGGUCAACUGACAGAGUUCGACGGCUAUUUAAAUAUAAACAGGACCGACUACGAAAUUCAUCUAUCGCAAGUAAACGGCAAACCUUUCUUAGAGAUCAAUGAGAAACUGUCCACAUUUCGACAAGACAUCGAUCACCUGUCCGACAUCUAUACGAAUCCACUUAACUUUUUGGACGCACUUUCGGAAACAAUAUCGUCCAAAACCUCCUCCGCAAUUAAAAAAAAUUUGGCGGACUUCUACAGACAAGUGCUAACCGAAUACGCAGAGUUUCGCGAAUUUUACAUCAACCUGCAGAGUUGCGUGAUCACGCCCGACCUGUCGGAGGUAUCAAUCACGACACUGGACGAGUGCGAUCGUCAACACGCACUGACCGUAGCGAUUGAUGGUACGUUUAGGAUUGCUCGUCAUGAUCUCCCGGACAGAGACGAUUUUGCGAAGCCCAGCGCGUCGUUGAGCGUUCUAUACGAGACGUUUGUCAAGGCGAUCGAGGAACUGCAACCGUACUUGUAUCUAAUGGACAGGUUCGAUUCAGCGGCGUGGGUUUUGGAUCCGGAAACGCCGAAGCCAAAGGACUGCUAUCGUCGUAUCGCGUUCGAUAGCAGUAUUUCCGUUGUGAUCACCGUCGACCCGUGGAAGCCUGACGGAAUACCGAGCUUGCAGUUUUUAGGUCCCGAACGUCUGACGAACAGCUUCCGGAGUAAGGUUUCGAGCAAUGUGGAGAAUUGGGAUUAUAAGGCGGACACUUUCGAUGAGAUCUUGAGGUUGCUGGAAAUGGAACAUUUCCCACCUAAGCCGACCCUAGAUCGUGGGGAAGUGGUUCUUUUUAGUACGGGCGAGUGUUGUAUUUGCUUUUCGUCGAGGCUCAAUCAGAAAUUGCCGGAGAUAGUUUGCACUAAUCCUUCUUGUGAGCAAGUUUUUCAUGUCGAAUGUCUAUAUCAGUGGCUGGUUUCGAUCGCGGCGAAAACCAGGCAGACCUUCAACGAGUUACACGGCGAAUGCCCGAACUGCGAGAAGCACAUCUCGUGCCCGUUACCGUAGGAUUAGAGCGCGACGAUUUCGGUGCCGUCCGUCUUGCAUUCGGUGACCAACCGAGAAACGUCAACGUUAAAAGCGUCGCUGCCACAAAUUAAAACCUGCAACCUGUCAUCCGAAAUUCUAAGAAAGUACGCUUCAAUUUCAUUGGAGGAGAGUCGAAAAUCGUGUACUGUCUCGUUAUACUUGCACCUCACCCGAGUGGCUUGCGAUAGAAAAAUUUCGUACGUGAAGUUCCAGUACGACGCGAGCUGAUAUAGUUCGUCCCUUAGCGGAAUGUCGUCUUCCGUUCUGGAGCACAGGAAUAAGUGCACGAACGUCUCGCAGCUCUCAUUGUGGAGAAUGUCAUGCGCAAUUGUGUAGAGCGGAGCGAUUCCCGUACCUUGCGCAAUUAGCAGCAGACGACUUAGGCCGUAAUCGACUUCAUAAUCACCGUAAGGCCCGCGCCACAGUACAUCGUCGUUCAUCCGUAAAUUUCGAAAGAAAGCGGACAUGGCUCCGUUCUCGUACAAUUUCACUAAAACUGUAAAGGAAAGCAGAUCAGUACCAUCGCCGGGUAUUGGCGUGUAAGCUCUGGUGAACUGAACUGCAUUGUCGUCGGCUUUCAUCAACAGGUGCUGUCCGGGUUUGUAAAGUACACGGUUGCAGUUAUCAGGUGUGUUUCCGUACCGAAAUGUGUAAAUAAACGUAUUCUUCGCA